GGUCUGAGAAGAUGCAAAGACAUCUUGAUGAGAAAGCAAAGAAGUUGCAAAGACAUGGGUACAGGAAGGUAGAUGCACUUAGGAAUAAAUGGGAAGUUAGUGUGCGAGCAAAGUUUGUUAAGGGUCACCAUAGGGGAGCAAAAAAACAAGUUGUGACCCUUGGCACAACCUCAUGUGUGUGCACUUGCAGCAAGCCCAAGCUUCUGGGAUACCCUUGCAGUCACGUAUUGCGGGCAACUGCAGAUCAAAAAAUUAGUGUCGAGCCAUACGUAUCACCGUACUUCAACAUGCACAAUUUAUACAACACUUGGAACGGUGAGUUCUGGGCAUGGGGCAUUGAUAUGAACUACAAGCAAUUGUGGCCAGAAGGGACCACAUGGGUUCCAGAUCCCGCAUUGAUGCGAACCACCAAGGGACGACGUCAGUCUAGGCGUCAUCACAAUGACAUGGGCCACAACCAGUUGGGAGAACCAAGGCGAUGCCGCGUUUGUAGGUGUGCUGGUCACUCGCGUAGGGAGUGUCCAUAUCGUAACAACAACACGGCAUGAUAUGUAAUCUUCGGAAUAUUUAAUUUCAUUUCGUCGUGAUGUAAUCUUCGGAAUAUUUAAUUUCAUUUUGUUGUGAUGUAAUCUUCGGACUAUUUAAUUUCAUUUCGUUGUGAUGUAAUCUUCGGAAUAUUUAAUAUCAUUUAAUCGUGAUUGCAUGUUAUGGCUGAAAUGCCCCACCUUUUGCAUGGGUAUCACGACAACCACCACCGUUGCCAGCUUUUCUUAAAUCCAAAUCAUGAAAAUCCUCUUCAGACCUUCAGGCUUCGAACCGUAAAGACGCCCUGGUCAAUACAUAAUCGUUUCCUUGAACACCUUGAGGCUUAUGGACUCCUUCAUUUUGCGAACCUCGCAGCUCGUUCAGGUAGUUUUACUGCCGACCCAUCCUUUUUGACAUCCCUUAUUGAUCGAUGGAGACCGGAGACCCACACCUUUCACUUUCGCUAUGGAGAGCUUGCACCUACUCUAAAAGAUGUGUCAAUGAUCACAGCUUUACCAAUUAGAGGUGUGCCAGUGGUACCUCCACGAGUUUCUCCUACUUGGCCAACAGAUGUCUCGGGCCGUCUUAGGCUCGAAAUGCCCAUAUCAGAUCGUUCUAGUCCGCCUCGAGGUGUCCCACUCAGGUGGCUUCGUACUAACUUCGAAAUUUUAUCUACCUAUGCUGAUCUUGAGACAACGAAGAGACACGUGUUUGCAUAUUUGUUGUGGCUAUUUGGUGUGAUGUUUCCGAAUUCUCACGGGGAGUUAGUUUUGCCUGGUCUCAUCUUUUUUGCCGCAAAGAUAGUGGACGAACCAUUACCCCAAAAUCCACCAUAUAGCUUUGGUUCUGCUAUGCUUUUUCACACAUACCGAGGGUUGUGUGAUGCAAGCCAAAAAACUUCAUUCACAUCUAAAGCUCCAUUACUUUGUGUCUCCUACGAGUUUCUACAGUUGUGGUCCUAGGAAUACUUACCUGUAGGACGACCCCAGAUAGUAGAACCGACAACCCCAUGCGACUAUGGUGCGGGCAUUGUAACUAGAUAUUCCAUCCCCGGUUCAUGAAAUUUAUGAACGAAGAUAUUCCACCAUCGGUACCAAGAUGUAUCGACGAAGAAACUCAUAAGAUGAGCAAUAUGGGCAGAGCUGGUGUCAAUUGGAAUGCAGAUAACAUUCAAUGGAUAAACCAGUGGAAUAAUGAAGCUCUACAAAAUAUAGUGCCUCAGCAAGGACCGUACGAUGCAACUACGACACAAGCGUACUAUAAUUGGUAUCGCAUGAGCACGCGUACUAGACUGACGAGUGAACCACCUACGAUGCCAACAUAUCCCACACAUAUGGAACAGUUGCAGAGAUGGAUAGACACAUCAUCAGCUUACUAUCGUGACUCCACGAUUGAUAUUUGCACCGAAGUACAAGCGAUGGCGAGGGAAGGAAUGCGAGCCCAAGGAAUUGAUCCUAAAGGCAGGGCCUUCUUUAAAAGAAUUAGCGAAUUCAUCACCACAAGGAUUAUGAGAUGGGGUACAGAGAACGACGUUGCCACUCGAGUGUACAAUAUUCCGGAACCGAGGUCAGCUAGACCGAGUGCGGCGCCGUCGUCGUCCAUGCGGUGGGGAGAGGGUCCUAGUACUACACCGACAGUUCCACGACAUGGCUCGUCUCUACCACUACAUGGGCAGACAUCCCAGGUACAUGCUCCAGAUUUAGGUUCGACGCUCGAACAGACUCAUUUCAUGGAGCAGGAUGCAUAUACAGCAUAUGGCACACACACUCAAGGAUCUCAGCCAUAUCCGCCGACGCAAGGGAUUAGGAUGCCCGAGGGGACUCGUUGGCGUGAGACAAGCGAGGCAGCACAAAGCUACAACAGCGGUCAGGAAAUUAAUGGUCCAUCAUGGGGAGAUGAAGAAACCCAUCGUGGCGUACACAAAGAAAUACUCACAGAAACCCAUGCUACUCAAUGCACGCUCCCAGGAAUGCUAAAUGAUUUUUUGGGGGGGACGUUAUUGGUCCAUCUUAUAUCAAUUCUAAGUCACAGCCAUUCACCUACAAUUUUGAAUCAUCAUCUCAAUAUAGAUUUCAGACUCCACCACCUAUGCAUGAGUCACAGACACAGGAACACGAGGGACAGUACAGCCGUGGUCUUCGUGAACACAGACCCCCUGAUCGCUUGUCACCCUCCGGUCGUCGGGAAAGGCCAGCUGGUUGUCGUCGCAUAGGGUGAUUCGUGUAUCUAUGUGUGCAAACUAUUGUAUCUCUCUAUAUCAGUUUCAAACUUUCAUAUGUACGUAUAAGACAUCUAUGUAGUUUGAUGAAAUAAAAGUUCUCGAUAUA